AACGACUAAGGUCGUCGUUACAACUAUUUAUUAAAUUAUCCUUGGUCUGUGAGUGCACGAACAAAACACAGAGAAAUACUCUGAAGGAGCGGUUUAACAUUUUUUCGAGCGUCUCUCGAGUGUUUGAUUGGUCAGUUAAGGUCAGAUAGUGAUAUUCCGUCUGUCCCUUGUCAAUUUUUUGCCUUACUGACCGCUUUGAUUAAUUGCACGUGAGUGUAUUGCUUUAUCUGAUCUGCGAGGUUUGUAACUGGACUAAAACAUGGACCCUCCUGUAUUUCUGUUCUUGGUGCUUCUCUUUGGACUAGGCGAAGGUCGUGUUGAAAUUAGAACAACAAAGGUUGGGGACGAUAAAACAAUACCCAAAGACGGAGACACGGUGUCUGUCCACUACACAGGUCGACUGACCGACUCCAGAAUCUUUGACACGUCACGUGGUCGGUCUCCGUUCGAUUUUGUGGUGGGACAGGGAUCAGUCAUAAAUGGUUGGGAUGUAAUGGUCCGAUAUAUGAGCAAAGGACAGAAGGCCCGGGUCAUUAUAACCUAUGACGACGCAUACGGAGACACCGGGAUACCCCAGUCAAACCCACCCAUUCCACCGUUUGCGACUCUGAUAUUUGACGUGGAAAUAGUGGACGUUAAGCGGGGGGACGCUCAGGGACAAGGGAACUCUUUGAUCCAAAGCAACGCUGCUGCAACCCAAAAUGUCCAGGCCAACAUUCAAGCAACUCAGACAGGACAGAGUGCUAUUGGCGGACAAGUCGGGCGACAAGCAGGACAGACGGCGAUAAACUUCCCACAACAGACCUCGGGUACUGCGUUGAUGGGACAGACGAACACAGCAGGAGGAAUAGCAACCGCCGGUGGAAUUCAGACUGGAAUGUUUGGAACUCAAGCAAUGAACCCCCUGUUAACCCAACAACAAAAUCAGCAGUUUAAUCAGGCCAGUUUGAUACAACAGUUGAACGCAGCUGCUGCUGCAGCAGGCGCACAGCAACAACAGCCUCAGCAACAGCAACAAUUCAUGGCGCAACCUGGUUCGCAGACAUUUAAUGCUUUAAACACGUUACAAACGCAACAACAACUUCUUGCAGCACAAGCUCCACAGCAACAGUUCGCUGCACGAACGGUUAUGCAACAACAACCUCAGUUUGCACAAACAAUUGGUAUCCAGCAACAACCAGCGUCCCAACAGAUCGGGAUGGGUGUUGGUCAAACCCGAGGAGUAGGCAUGCCGAUGGGGAAUACAAAUUUUGUGUCACAAGUCGGGCAGACAGGAUAGCGCGUGUUUUUGGACUGAUUGACAGUUACUGCAUUAGAACUGUGUGUAUGAUCGGUUGUCACACGACACAACUUCAUCGUUAUUCUGAGUGAUAUUUACAUAAAUAUGUACAUAUUGUAUCACAAUACCAUUAUAUAAAACAAACUUCCAAA